AUGUCCUCCAAUCUCGCGACUCUCACUAAGUCGCAUAACAUCAUCGCUGCGAAGAAGAGGCAGAGGAAGGAACAGAUAAAGGAGAUCCUAUUCGAUGAUGAUGCUCGGAGAGACUUCUUGACCGGGUUUCAUAAACGAAAACUGGCGAAGAAAGAGGAAGGAAAGAAGAAAGCUAUUGCGAGGGAUAAGCAGGAACAUCUGGAGGCGAGGAGAGAGCAACGUCGUAUGCUAGCCGAACAAGCCGUAGAGAACGCAGCAAAAGUAGAAGCAGCCUACGGCGGCAUGGCACUCGGUGCGCACUUUCAUCUCAUAUACAUCCCCAGCCGUUCUCAUACAAUCGCAGAUGGCGACGAGGAGGACGAAGAAUGGACCGGCGUCGGCUCGAGCUCGAAGCCUAAAGAACAGGAAGAAGAAUUCUCAGACGACGAGCAACUCGCCACAGUAACAAUAGUCGAAGACUUCGACCCCGACACACUCAUCCACGGUCCCUCCUCUUCUACCACCAACGACCCAUUCACCACCGCUUCCAUCGCCACUCCUCCCGCUCCUUCACGCGAUCCUUCAGGACGCUUAAUCACAUCAAAAGGCAAAUCCAGAGCCAACCCUACCGACCCAUCAUCAUCCACUUCAGCGCCGUCAUCAUCAAAACCUAAAAAGCGGACGGAGACGAAGAAGAAGUAUGGAACGAAUGCGUCGAGGAAGGCGGAUAAGACGAAGCAGAGGGCGAGGAAGCUCGAGAAGGCGGAGAGGGCGGGUGGGAAGGCUUCGAGGAAGAGA